UUUAAAAUGAGUCGUAGCAAUUCAAGGAUUUAUUUUUCUUUUUCAAAUUUCCUCUGAAAUUUUAAUUUCUUUGUUAUUUUUAUUUUAUUUUAUUUUAUUUAAGGUCUUUCACGUUCUCACCAGAACUUGAUUCCUAGCUUUUCUUGGAAUUCUUGGUGGAUUUACUUUCCAAGAAAAGUAAACAUUUUUCUUUUUUAAGUUUCCGAUUUUCGUCUCUUUUUUUUUUUUUAAGUUGAAUCUCGAGGAACAGUUACGCGCGAAAUUCAUUGUAAAUCCCGGUUCCGAUUCCGAUCUCGUUUUGGAUAUAAUUUCGUCGGUAUAAAAUGGCGAAGCGUGGAUAUAAGCUGCAGGAAUUUGUGGCGCAUACAACAAAUGUAAAUUGUCUAAGUAUGGGAAAAAAGACAUGUAGGCUUCUUAUUACUGGUGGAGAUGAUCAUAAAGUGAAUGUUUGGGCAAUUGGGAAACCAACUUCUCUAAUGAGUCUCUGUGGUCAUACUAGUCCGGUGGAAUCUUUAGCUUUUGAUUCGGCAGAAGUCUUCGUGCUUGCUGGAUCAUCUACGGGGGGGAUAAAGCUUUGGGACCUGGAAGAAACAAAGAUGGUUCGCGGGCUAACAGGACACAGAUCUAAUUGCACUGCCUUGGAAUUCCAUCCAUUUGGUGAGUUCUUUGUAUCUGGUUCCAUGGACACAAAUCUGAAGGUUUGGGAUAUCAGAAAGAAGGGAUGCAUUCAUACGUACAAGGGCCAUACUCGAGGCAUUAGUACAAUUAGAUUCACUCCUGAUGGUCGCUGGGUAGUUUCUGGUGGAUUUGAUAAUGUUGUAAAGAUUUGGGAUCUUACUGCUGGAAAACUCUUGAACGAGUUUAAGUUUCAUGAAGGCCAUAUUCGCACCAUAGACUUCCAUCCUCUUGAGUUUCUCUUAGCUACAGGUUCAGCGGACAGAACGGUUAAAUUCUGGGAUUUAGAAACCUUUGAACUGAUUGGAUCUUCCAGACCUGAGGCUACAGGUUUUCACUCAAUUGCCUUUCAUCCUGAUGGGAGAACUUUGUUCUGUGGAGCAGAUGAUGGUUUGAAGGUUUAUUCGUGGGAGCCAGUCGUUUGUCAUGAUUCUGUUGACAUGGGAUGGUCAACGCUUGGCGACCUUUGCAUCAAUGAAGGCAAACUUUUGGGUUGCUCAUACUAUCGAAAUUCUGUUGGAGUUUGGGUAGCAGAUAUAGCGCAUAUCGAGCCAUAUGGAAGAAACAACCAAACAGAGAAGAAAUUUAAUCUUGAGAGAAGUUAUUCUUCUGUGAAAGCAGGGAAUGGCAUGAGGUCUACUUUGGGAUCACGGCCAUUGUCUCCUGAUUGUGAGACAAAGGAAAUAAAGAACAUAUAUAUUGACACUGCUGGUAGUAAUCCUAUUGCCACACAGAAAGAUGGCUCUUUGAAUUCUCCAAAAGUGUUACCCCCAAUGGAUGCCUGUGAAAUAAGUGAUCAAGAAGCAGUGAAGAAGAGUCCUGGAACAGAAGUCAAUGCUAAACCUAGUGUUGUUCCACGGGACAAUCCUAUUGGUAAAAACUCUAGCAAUUCUACAAAAGAAACCAUCACCUUUUCAAAGACAAAACCAGGCAUGCUGCUCAAACCAGCUCAUGUUAGGAGACCAUCUGUCAACAAGUUUGAGUUUGAAAAGCUGUCGGCUACAGUUGAUUCAGGAACUCCUGGCAAUGUAAAAAGCGGUUUAGACAAUGCAAUGGAUCUGAAUUCUCAAACUAGGCUUGUAUCAGAAGAUGGAGUUAGAAAACCCUGUGAUGAAAAGGACUCAAAUAUCAAGAGUGUUACAGAGAAAUCUGAAAAGGUGUUAUCGCCUCAGACACCCCCUAAUCAAGAAACUUGUAAUGAAUCCCUUACUUGCAGCAAAGAUUCAAACUCUGUCAAAAUUGUCAGAGGAGUGGCUGUUGUUUCAGGGAGAACACGUACUCUGGUUGAGAAGUUUGAACGAAGAGAGAGAUUAAACAGCGGUGAUGAUCCGGUAACUAACAAUACUCCUCCCCCGGUACUUGAAACAGAUAGAACGCCAACCAUAAUGAAAGAAGAGAGACAAAUCUCCGAAACAAAAGCAGUCUCUGCCAAUGAUGUCAAGCAGGGUGGAAGUCCAAUUUCUAGAAUGGAAUCAACUUCAAGCUGUGAGGGAAGUGUUACCGGAAUUCAGAUUUCUAGAAGGGAAUCAACUCCCACUUCUGAUGGGCUCAUUACUGGCGAUCAACUUCCUAGAGCGGAAUUAACAUCCACUCCUGAUAAGGUCAUUAUUGGAAACCAAACUUCUAGAAGGGAAUCAACUCCCACUUCCGGUGGGAUCGUUACUGGGGAUCAACUUCCUAGAGCGGAAUUAAUGUCCAAUCCUGAUAAGGUCAUUACUGGAAACCAAACUUCUAGAAAGGAAUCAACCAUAACCCCUGAGAGGAUCAUUACUGGAAACCGAAUUUCUAGAAGAGAAUCAAACUCUGCUUCUAGUGGCACCAUUACUGGAAAUCAAAUUUCUAGAAUGAAACCAACCUCUGCUUCUGACAGCAUUACUGUAAACCAAAUUAUGAGAAGGGAAUCAACUUCCACUGCAGAUGGGAUGAUUUUUAGAAAUCAACUUUCUAGAAGGGAAGCAAUUUCUGUUAAUGAUAGAAGUGGACCAAAUGGUACAGUUACUGAGAAUCAAAUUUCUCGGAGGGGAUUGAGUUCUGCUAAUGAUGGGAAUGCUACUAUUAUUGAAAGCCAAGUUUCAAAGGGCACAUCAAUUGCUCCUGAUGAUGGAAUCAUAACUGAAAGUCUAAUGCAAACACAUGAUAUAUUCUUAAGCACUCUUAGGUCUCGCUUGACAAAAUUACAGGUGGUGCGGCAUUUUUGGGAAAAGAAUAACAUUAAAGGUGCAAUCGGUGCCCUACAGAAGCUGCCGGAUCAUUCUGUGCAAGUCGAUGUAAUCAGUGUUAUCAUGGAAAAAAUGGAGAUUCUUACCUUGGAUCUGUUUUCUGGCCUGCUUCCUGUGCUUAAGGGCUUAUUAGAUAGUAAAACGGAAAGGCACGUAAAUAUCUCGUUGGAGAUGCUUUUGAAGCUUGUAGCUGUAUUUGGUCCAAUGAUACGCUCAACUGUUUCAGCCCCACGUGGUAUUGGUGUCGAUUUACAUGCUGAGCAAAGGCGAGAAUGCUGCAAUCAGUGUUUCACACAGCUGCAAAAGAUUCUGAAACUUCUUCCACCACUCGAAAGGAGAGGUGGUGUGAUAGCAAGAUGUGCACAAGAACUGAAUCUAGUUCUUCAAGAAUGAUCGACGAAUGCCACCAUGGCGCCAUCUAUAAAACCAUCUGCUACCAAACCACGAACGAGAAAAAGGUGGCUGAGUCGACACCACUUAUAAAAAGAUUCAAUCAAGUGCCAUAGAAUGGUCCGUUCAUAGAUGCACAAAUUUGAUCUUGCCACCUUACUAUAUCGAUCUCUUCCAGCUUUUGUCAGUACCGACAUGCCAGCUCGAGUAAGUUUUGUCACUCGCAAUGCGACCGUUUCAAUCUCGAAGAUGGAAGAAGCCAGCCAACCGGCCAACUUGUGAACCUUAAUGUGUCUGGUGCUCCCACAAAACUUUCCUUCCUCUUAGUGUAGUGCUCUUAGUCCCCUUUUCCUUUUUGGUAAAAAAUGUAAGCAUGUCCCUAAUGCAAAUAUAUACUCUUCACCUUAUAAUAUAUAUUCAAUGAAAUUUGUCAAAUUCCUUGAAAA